AAUCGGCAAUUCGGUGAGAAGAAAGGUGAAAUCGGCGAUUCAGAAAGAGGGAGACAAAAUAAGAGGAAAAGAAGUGAAGGGAAUAAAAAUAUGUUAGAAGGAGGCAAAUUGAGUACAGAAGGAGAGUCAAAAUUAAUGGGUGAAAUUGGCGAUCCGGCAAGGAGAAGGGUAAAAUUGGCAAGAAGAAAGAGGAGACAAAACAGGAGGAAAGAAGGGAGUAAAAAUAUGCCAGAAAGAGGCGAUGGAAUUGAGAAGAAGAGGAAUGGGUCAAAAUUAACAGAAGAAAGAAGGCAAAUUGAGUAUAGAAGAAGAGGAAUGGAAUCGAAAUUAAUAGGUGAAAUUGGCGAGAAGGGUGAAAUUGGCGAGAAGGGUGAAAUUGGCGAUUUGGCAAGGAGAAGGAUAAAAUCAAUGAUUUAG